AGCAUAUCACAGCGCGGGAGUGCGCGUCUCGCAUUGACGGAGAGCCUUCUCUUCAUAACAACUGUGGAUACGUACUUUGAUAUUUGAUACUUUAAUAUCAACAUCUGCAUCUAUUGCAUAUUAUCGCACAAAGGUGCCUCAUCGAUUUGGAAAGAGACAGGUGUUUCUGCAGUGGACAUUGAACUUCAUAACCUGAUGAUGCAUACGAACAGCCUGUUGAACCGAUGGAAUGAUAUCGCCAACAUGUGUGAGGUGGAUUGUGCUUCAGAACCGGUCAGCCCUACGUUGCUCAGCGAGUCCACAGACACAUACUGCCAGACUGACAGCUGGCACCGACUCCGCACCACCGUCCGUAAACUGGAAUUCUGGGAAGACUUCAGCGCAGAGCUUAUUGGUACUGGAUUCUUCUCCAAAGUCUACAAGGUGAUGCACAGCACUACAAAGAAGGUGAUGGUGGUGAAGAUUUAUAAAAAUGACGUGGAUCCGGACAGCAUUGUGCGGGAGAUCAGCCUACUUCAAAAACUCUCCCACCCGAACAUAGUGAGGUACCUGGGCAUCUGUGUCAAAGAGAACAAGCUGUACCCAAUUCUUGAGUAUGUUAGCGGAGGCUGCCUGGAGGAGCUGCUGGCUAGAGAUGACGUCAGUCUCUGCUGGAGAGAGAAAAUUGAAUUGGCCUGCGAUAUCAGCCGAGGAAUGACCUAUCUACACUACAAGAACAUCUACCACAGAGACCUUAACUCCAAGAACUGUCUAAUCCGUAUGACCUCGAGAGGCAGGGAAGCUGUGGUGACUGACUUUGGCCUGGCCAGGGAGGUGGGGGAGCUGCCCGCAAACGACCCCAAAAGGAAGAUGUCUCUUGUGGGGUCUGCAUUCUGGAUGGCCCCCGAGAUGCUCAGAGGAGAGCCAUACGACCGCAAGGUUGAUGUCUUCUCCUUUGGGAUCAUGUUGUGUGAGAUCUUGGCAAGAAUCCCUGCCGAUCCAGAGGUGCUGCCCAGGACGCAGGACUAUGGGCUGAAUGUGGAGGCAUUCAGGGAGCUGGUGAAGGGUUGCCCAGAGCGUGUCCUAGAGCUGUCGGCCAGCUGCUGCCAGAUGGAUGCAUUCCGAAGACCUUCUUUCUCUGAGCUGCUGGAUGAACUGGAGGAUAUAGCUGAGAACCAAGAGCCACCAGACAACAUCUUGACCACAGGGUGAUCUCCAGAAAUCCCUUCCAACAAACCCCUGGACUGAAGGAAUAAAGGGAUUUCGCUGCAUGAGAGUCUUAAGUCAUGGACAAUGACUCGCACUCUAUUCCCUUAAGAGUAGUAUAUAUGAGGGAAUGUCUGAUAAUUGAGGACAAAACCACUCAACUGAAUGUCCUCUCAAUAACCGGUUCUGGAGGCCCUCCCAGCAGUGACUCGGCAGUGAUCUUUUCUCUUUUUUUUAUUUGUAAUAUUGACAAAAGUUAUAUCAUUCUUUAUGAACCAACUUUCAGAUCGACUUCUGAUUUUAUUGAAAGACCAAAUUCACCCUGGACCAACUACUGAUUCCUGAUGUGUAUGAGUUUCAGGAUAAUGUGAGUUUACUUUUUACCUGCAAAAGCAGUUUUAAAGUAAGAAUAAAGCAGAGGCUGCACAAACCCGGAACAAACCAAACCAGAUAAAAUCAUGUGCGCUAUAUUUAAUUUGGCCUCGGUAGUGUACUAGCAUAUCUCUUCACAACAUUUACCAAGUAAUUACGCAAAAAGAAUGUUGCUCAUUUGAAAUGCACUGUCAGUAUUGCCCAUUUUGGCCUGGUUAUCAAACUGUUAACAUGUCAGAUUGGUGCAGCUUUAAAAUGUCCAAUUACAUUUCUCAAAAUCAUAGAAAUGGCAUACAAGUCAAUGUUCAAAAGAUCAUGUUUGUGCAUUAAUGCAUUAUCAGCAUGUUCCUGGAAAACAUUAGGUUAAUUCUGGCAUGAGACCUGAAUAACCAUCUAAGAAAACACAGUUUAGUACAUCGAUUAUUAUAUUUUAUUCAGUGUUUGGAAUAAAUAUUUUCCCAGACCACAGAUCAAUGUUCUUACAUAGGUGAAUAUUAGUUGGAUUCUGUACUUUGUCUUUGUACACACUGUAUGUUUUAAUAGCGUCAUAGUCUCAGAUUAUUCGGAUCUAGUUUACACUAGUUUUUCUAAACCAAAAUAUAUUUUGAUUAUUGAAUCAAAUCAAGCUGUUUAUAUUCCUGACUCUAUUUGUGUAUAUGGUGUCUGGUUACAUUCAUAUAUGGGUUCAAUUAAAUUUCUUGUUUAUUAGUUACAACAACAGUUUAAGACUACAAAAUGGUGUCCUGUUGCAGCAAGAUCUUUCAAAAAUCUAUUUAUCCUUAUUAAACUCUCCUUUAAACCACAUAAAACACCCUAGUUAAAUCAAAUCACAACAAUAAUGGAAAUAUAUUAAAAUUAUAAGUGGCUGGGCAUGACAAAAUAGCUUUGAUUUGUGUAGGCCUAUAAACAUUAGAGUGUGAAUGGGGUUGCUCAUUUUGUCAUUAGUAUUCGGGCACAGUUCAGGGUUCCUGCUUCGUUUGUAUGAUAUAGGCAUCUGCAUUAAAGCCUGUGCACCCUUCUGUAAUUGAGCUGACUUGGAAGCCAUGGAUUUACUGUUGUACCAAUGGUGCACAUAUGAAGUUCGAUAACUACCAGCCAAUCUUGUGAGUCAUGUCCUGGGUGAUGUUAAUUUAUGAUCAUGAGGAAAAAGUAAAUUUGGAGGCCACCAGCAGUGUGAAACGAGAGCAAUUGGUAGUAAACAACAUGUAUGAUUUGUGAUGAAAGCAUUUACAGCCUGAGGAAUAUAAGUCAUGGCUUCCUGCAAGGAAAUGCAUGACUGUGGGCAACAGUGACUAGGUGUCAUUUUUACUGGGAAAUAUGUUCAUAUGGCAGUUUAAAUGACUGUGGCAUAACUGAAUGGGGGCAAAUAUAUUGAUGUAGGCCUCUUUAUAUGUUUAAUGCAAUCAGUGUCUCUCAGUACAAGGUCAUUCAGUGGUUCACAUUGUACAAGUCUUGAUUAAUGCAUCCUUCACAAAGAUGAAUUCGUCUGAAUCCAACCUUUCUGAAGCAUCCCCAGAUCAUCACCGAUCCUCCACCUGGUCAUCUAAUGGUUAGACAGAGACCUGGAGAGGCCUUCAAGCCACAGUGUCUUGCACUCACUGUGAAAUUUGGUGGAGGAUCAGUGAUGAUCUGGGGGUGCAUCAGCAAGGCAAUUCAAGCUCAAUCAACAGCAUUUGUGGCAUAAUGUUGAUUACCACAAAAACAUUAUUUAGACUCCAUCCUUUUCUUUAAAAAAGCUAAAAUUGAGGUUACAGUAUUGAACCCAGAAUAUUCCUUUAAUUGAAUGCUAGUAACUGCAAUCUGAUUACAUGAAUUUAAAAUGUAGUGUAUUACACUACUUUUGUACUUAAAAGUAAUUGGAUUAUAAAGCAAUGAAUUACUUAGUUCAAAAACACUGGUAAAUACUAUUUCCAUAGUGGGGCAGUGUUGAAUGAAAAUGGCAACCAGGAACCAUCCAGAGCCAUUUUUAUAUAUCAAAUAAGUAUACUGUAUAUAGUACUGCCCCAGUGCUUUGAAAUAUUUUACUGUUUCCUUGAAGCAGAUAUCAUCUCAAGAUAAGCUGAAAAUUGCCAGAGUAGCACUGUUCUUAUCUUUUUGAAUAUACUAUUACAAUUCAGAGAUACAUGUAUUAGUAGGUAAAAUACAUACUCAGUAAACAUUAACUCACUGUAGAGUAUCAUAGAGAGCAGGCCCUAUACUGUAUGCUAGCAUGUUGCCCAUACCACUUCACAAGCACCACACAAGUCAAAGGAUAAGUUGCUCAGGGGUGGGGGAAUAUGGGAUUUUAGAGUCAGCAAAAUUAUUUCAUUCACUCUGGUCAGCAUGUUUCAAGGCAGAAAAGACUAAUAGCCUCUUGGUACGGAUGAUCUAUACAUACAAGGUUGAAUCACCUAAAAAUGUACAGCCAGUGCAGCUGCUAAAAUUAAACAAUCCAAUUCACUGUGCAUAUAUCUGAAUUGAAUCCGUCACUAUGUUUGUUAUCCAGCCAAAUGUACAUAUUUUUUUAAAGGUGCACUGUGUAUUUUUUCAUCAUUAAAACAUUUUAGCCCUGAAGAAAAGAACGAUACUUAAAAAUAUCUUUAAAAUCAUGUACACUCACAUUAGAUGAAGACUCCUGCCAUAUCAGUAGCUUAAUAAAAGUUUGUUUUGCAUUCCAUCACAAUUAUUUUGGGUUCCCUUACAAUAAAUGAACCAUGGUUUUAAUAUAGUAAUAUUGUACUAACCUUUACAGUAGUAACCAUGUUUUUUUUGUUGUGUUUUUUUGUGGUAACCAUGGUUUUACUAUAGUAAUGUUGGUAACACUUUACAAUAAGGUUCAAUUCAUCAACAUUAGGUAAUGCAUUAGUUUCAUGAACUAACAAUAAACAAUAUAUUUUUACAGCAUUUAUUAAUCUUUGUUAAUGUUAGUUAAAAAAUACAAUUGUUCAUUAUUAGUUCACAUUAGUUCAUUGCACAUUAUCUAAUGAUAACAUAUCAACUUUUCAUUUUAAUGUAUUACUAUAUGUGGAAAUGAACAUUAACCAAGAUGAAUAAAUGCUGUAAAAGUUGUUCAUUGUUAGUUUGUUUAAACUAAUGUUGUUAACUAAUGUUAACAAAUGGAACCUUAUUGUAAAGUAUUAUAUUAAUAUUAUUACUGUAACCAUGAUUGUAGUAACCACUGUGUUUAGGCCAAAACCAUUACCACAGUAAUAUUGUAGUAACCACAAAAUUACGAUUUUUUUAACUACAGUUUUUGUUUUCCUGUAUUAUUACUAUAGUUUCACUACACUGAAAAAUGUAUUAUGUAAAGUUAUUUUAAGCAUGAACCUAAAAAUAUUAUGUACAGUAAAUUCUACAUUUAUACGCAAUUCAAACAUGUAAAAAUUUAUGCUCUAGCUUAUGAGUAAAUAUUAUUCAUUAUUGUUUAUGUUUACAAUGCGUCAAAUCCUUGUGUUCAUCUGUGUUCCGCAACUGCUUUGAAUAACGUAUAAUGUGCGAGUAAGUGCAGCCGGUGGACUUUCUGGUGCACUCCUAGGGUAAGAUGGUGCCCCCCUAGGGAGCUGGUGCCCUACGCAGACUGCAUAGUCUGAUAGUAGGAAGUGGUGGUACUGCCAGGAUGAGUGCCAUAUUGGCCAGCACAACAUAAACCAAAAAUUACUUAAAAAUCAAAAUAAUUAUUUGCGAAGAAUCUUUACAUUCUGCUACGAUAGUUUUAUAAAACCUGAGAGAACAGGCAUCUUAGAGUGUCAAACUCACACCAGUUUUGACUCUCUUGCCAAGAAAAUUAGAUCACAAACUCUUGUUCAAGGGCUCAUAGAGGGUUAACCCCGGUGGCACAUGUGGAGUUCAAAUCCUUGAGUCAGCGUGCAAGAUUUGCUGAUUCCAGGGGAAGUCUGUAUCCAGACACCAUGUUUAAUUGUUUACAUAGAACAGUAGCAACAAGGAUACCAACAAAUACCUCCAGACUCAAUAAAAAGGAUUAUCGUCAGCACUCUAAAACUGCAGACUUCUGCAGGUGCAAGGCUUUUUACUCAUUUGUUUGUUGUUUUCUAGAUCUUGUUCUCUUGUGCUUAAUCAUUCCUAUUCUGGUCCCAGAAUAAAUAAUAAUAAUAAAAAGUGGAUGCAGCAGAAGCCAAAAAAAGUGACAGAGCAAAGAAAAAGGAAUGAGCAGUUUACUAUUUUGUGCUUAUGUCACGUUAUGAUAUUAUUCUGUUUUAUUAAUUAAAUGCAUA